GUGUCGAAAAGAUGGUGUAUAUUUUAAUUAUCUAAUCCCAUGCCACACAUACGCUUUACAAUCAAUAAUGAGAUACAAUUGAUCCCAGCAGCCAAUCAGAUCUGUCCUACAAGAGAAUAAACUCUUCUGCUAAUGAGAUACGAAAGCAUAUUCAACAUAUUUAUACCAGUCCAGGGUAAUCAGGAGCUAAUACAUACCGAGGCGUGUGUCGGCUUUACAAACUAAAUGUGUUGUGCCUGGUCUGGUUGCGUGAAUGUUUACCAUCUUUUGGUUAGGGCUAAAUCCUCUACUUUGAUUUGCCUGAAAUGAAGCAUUGUUAUAACUGAACAUCAGUAUUCUUUUUACCUGUGGGAGAUAAUCACCAUAUCACGUGUGCUUCGUAAACCAGAACAGUAAAGUAGCGAUUCGACGACAUCAGAACGACAACGACGUUUCGAGCCGACCCUGAGUGGUGAGAUGUGCACCAAAUUGACCUGUGCAACAGUAACGCAAUACAUGUCAAUGAUAUGUAUUUAGGGAUAAUUGUCGCUAUAGUAACGAUGUUAUUAUUGUAGUGAUUAUUUAUGAUGUUUACCUCAACAAACUUUCGGAAAAAUGAUUCUAUGUCCCAGCAACCAUCGUUUGAAUUAAUACAACAUUUAGAUCUACAAAUAUUGAUAGGAAGACACAUCUGACGAUAGCUGACAACAGGAGUUCUUUAUCAUGAAUAUUUGGAUAAUUACUGUAACUUUGCUACUACACAUCACGCCCUGCUACUUACAACAAAAAUCAGGAUGGUGGAAUGGUCAGGCCUCGCCCACGACUAGCCACAACAGCCGCACACCGACCUCAGGCAGUCACCCAGGCGGUCAAGUUGUAAAUCCAUCCUGGAACGAAGCUCCUAAGUCAUGGCCAAACACAGAACCAUCGGGUUGGUCAGCGUCUCAAAAGAGGCAAGUGACUGUCAAACCUAGAAACAUGAACGGUCCUCCGUCUAGUAGACAUAGACCUCAAACUACCAGACGACCACGGCCAGGUGAGAAAAAUGGUGUUCGUAAUAAUAACUGGAAACCAAGCGUCUAUCGAUAUCAACAUGGAAAAAAACCCGCAUCGCCCAAAUGGUCCGUAAAAUCGGGGACGCCGACGUGGAACGCGCCAGGAAUGCAAGGUGUUCCACCUCCAAAACGAAAAUGGGGGAAUUCUUGGGGUCAAAAUAGAGAACCUGGUCACAAGAUAAAGAAUGUUCCUAAACCCCACGAGUUAGUGAAAGGGUGGUCGACUACUGGAACACAAGCAUUGUGGACGGAUCAGGGCGAUCCUAAAAAUGCUCCUGCGACAACAUCACAAUCUCAAAGACCCGCUUGGAUGAAGAAACGACCAGCAACUCCCACAACACAUCAGACAAAUAAAGGCAAAGUAUACCAUUCCAAUGGCCCUAGGAGACCUCCAUAUCAACAGCGCCGCACCGGGUAUACGCCCAAGCCAUACCCACAGACGGGUUAUACACCUAAACCACCUUUCCCUAGGACUGGAUAUACUCCUAAACCAUAUCAUCGGGCAUCUGGCAACCCACACGAGAGACAUCCAUCGCGCAAACCUUCAAAUUACCAGAAUGAUAAAAGACAUCGAUCAUCAAAUCAUCCGAGAGAUAACCCUUCAAGAAAUCCCCAAUAUCACAGAGAAACUCCAAUGAAUAAGGUAACAUCACCUCCACCACAACGUAGACAUGACAAAAUCACCGGAUUUUCAACACCUCCACGGUUCGAUAGCCCAAAGCCUCGAGAUCCAGUGACAACCAGUCGUGGGCCUAGCAGACCCAUAACACACAAAUCCACAUGGGCAGAAUCUUCCCGUCCAAAGACUGCCAGUGGUGGACGUUUUGAACCAAGCCGAGGAGAAACUUUCCAUCGUGCAGAACCAAAGCGUGUUGACGCUUUUCAUCAAAACGAACCGCGACAAAAGGAGACAGUUCCGCGUAGGAAUUCUAGCCAUAGACAAAUCGGCUUUCCGAAAGAGCGUCAACAAAGCAAUUCUUUUCAACCAAAAGAACCAAGAUCCAGAAAAGCCGAUCCUCGAAAAGAGCGUACACGGAGCAAAACCUUUACAGACAUUAAACCCAGCCGAAGCAAUUCUGUUUAUCGUAAGAUAGAAGCAGUACAUGUUGAUCCACCACCAACAUCGCCAAACGUUAUCGUUACCCACGAGCCAAUACCAUCAGCGCGACCGAACCGCAUCAGUAACACUCCAAAGACUGAUUCAGCCCAUCUCAGUAGUGUAGCGUCCUCACACAAAGAUCCAACACUCAGCGAUACAUUCCUCCACCUUGAUGCUAGAGAAAGCAAUACAAUAAAACCCACCGAAAUUGGCCAUAUUGAAAUAUAUACUCAAACAGAGCCAACCCACAGCACCACAAUUGCACCAACAGAAUCAGUUCACAUCGAUUCUCACACUAGUAAGCAGAAAUCAAGUCCCAAAGGAGAAACUUUAGGCAUGGAAGCACAAACAACACAAGCUAUUAUGUUUGAAACAGCGACAUCGCAGACAACUACGGAAAUACUGCAUAUUAACGAUAUUACGGAUAUAACAAACACUCCAAUUCCACAGGAGUCAGUUCAGAUAGCGGUGGAUAUCAAGCCAAUUAACCCCACUAAAGCUGCAGAACCAGAAUAUAAGAGAGAUCCGAUUACAGAGAAAAUAAUAGCGGAACUUAAACGGAAACUCAAAAUCAUGUCCUCGUCAAACUAUAGAAAAUCUACCUCAGAUCAACCUGACGGAAAUGUAAGCGUGUCUGUGUUGGAAGUUAUGCAACAGCAACAAAAGCCUUCUACUGAUCCACAAAAAAAACCGGUGGCGUCAAAAACAAGAGAGAACUCUAUUGCAAAGGAUUCGCAUCAUGUUCCAGCAAGUCAGCCUAAACAAGGCCGGAAAAGUAAUACAGAAAGACGAACUCUUCCCGAUGGUCAUCCGGAACGCAGUAGGAGUAGGAGUAGGAGUGAGCCCGAUAUGUCCCAGAUAUUACAUACGGAAAGACCACCUCCACCAGAGCGAACGUCUCAUGCCGGUAAUGGUGGAUACCAGUCAGAAUUCGCACAUAAUACCGACAUCCAUCAUGAAGAAGUGGUACAGCCAAGACGUACGAAAUCGCGGCGAAUUCCGGAUACCUUGGAAACACCUCACCGUGAACGGUCACAUAGACAAUCAAAAUCUCAUCCGAACGAACGACAUAGUAGUUCUCAUUCAAGCAGGAAUACUAUGGAUCGUAAUGCCAAUGUAGAACCCGCUCAUCCUCGCGACCAACUCCCAGAAGAGAGAGUGAGAUCUAACCGGCGUAAAGCAGAUAUCCAUGAAGUAGGAUAUUAUGAGGGCGUGACUGGGGUUCGACAAAAGCCAACUUCCCAUCCAGAUGAUUUAAGACAUCCUCCACGUACGGGACGUCGUCGUGUUGACCGACGUCACAAUCCAAAAGAGCAUAUGCCAGAUAGACGCACUGUUGAGCCAACAAUAGAAUUUAUUGGGGAACAGCAUACAGACAAUCAUAAAGCAAGAAAAACUGGUAGAAAAAGACACUUGCUAGACCCAAGACCGGCACCAAUCCCUCCUCGUGAUUUAAAAACUCCAGGAAUACAGGCUGAGCCAGGAGAGUUACUGUCAGUAUAUGAUAGUAAGACAGACACUUUUAUUGAGUCGCCACCCAAUUUCACUCCACGCCCGAAGAGUGAGGGUGAUCUUUGGGGUAAAAGUCAACCAACCCCACCACCUCCGCAUGCCCCACCCCCUCCGCAUGCCCCAUCAGCACACGAGCCGCCACCGGAUCACUGGAGAUCUAAUCCUCAUGCAACCAAUCCACAUGUAGCGCCACCGAGCCGUCAUAUACCAGCACCAGACCCCUAUGCACCACCACCUGACCCCCGUGCUCCGCCACCUUCGGCUUAUUCUAAUGAUGACGGUUGGUCAAGGCGCCAUCCCGGUUAUUCUCCUGGAGCAGCAAAUGCAUUCACAAAUCGGCACGCUUCAGUAAAUACCGAUUUACAUAUGUCUGAACAACAAGGCUACGCGCCAGAACCAUAUCGAAGCCAUCCUCCACAAGGACCUCAUCCUUAUGAGUAUCAAGGAGGUCCACAGGCAUCAUACCCACAAGGCAGUCCACCAGACCCUUACCCACCAGCUGGUCCAACGGAUCCUUAUCAUCAAGCCGGCCCACCAGAUUCCUAUCCAGCAGCAAAUCAACCAGGACCGUAUUAUCCAGAUCCGCAUGCACACCAUCCACCGCCAUAUGCGGAUGCCCCACCUGUGGGCCUGGUCGAUCCCUACGGUCCCCCUCCACCACCUCCAACCGUGGGCCCGCGUCCGUUAUAUCAUACCCCUGCCACCAUACCGACAACCACUGACGACGAUCACGUGAUAGUUCCAGCAGUCAGGGGUAAUGCAUGGUAUCCCACAGCACAUCCAUCGGUCGGUCAGCACCCCCCGGCUUACCAUACAACACCAUCACCAAUGACAAACUUUAACCCUUAUCCGGGACCACCGUACGCUCCACAUCCUCCAGAAGGAAGACCUCCACCGGUAUAUGAUGCACCAAUGUUUAACCAGUACACGAUCAGAUAUCCGGAUGGAUCUGCCUCCAAAGAAGAAUACACUGAAGUGACUAGCGCUGUUCAGAGGAUAGUUAACUACGUGUAUGAAAGUACGUUGAGGGAAUACAAGAUCGCUGACUACUUCGUCAUGGACAGAAAUACGGACAGUUUCGCCAUACGGAUAGCAAAGGACAUGUGCUACGUCGGUACUCUAGACUCGGCCAUUCUUGAUUCUUUUACGGAAUACACAAUGAAAACUAGAAAUGCAACAAAAGCAGUGCUCUACAGCAACGAUCGACUGUUCUUCUUCAAGGAGAUAGAACAGGUGUUGUUUAGUGACGUCAACAGCACACGGGGCGGUUACAUUGCUGGCUCGUGCGGGGACGCGUUCAUGUUCACAGUUAGGAUGGUUAAACCCAGAAUUAUACACAUGAAUGAUGGCUCAAUACUACCGGGAAGCACGUGUCCUUACGGUGCACCACUGAAGGAUCCACGUGGUCUGGUCACUUCCUGUAAAUCAGGUUACUGUGAGUCACGUGACCACGCGUGCGACGCUACCCGCCAUAUAUGUUGUCCUAAGAUGCCGACAUCGACCAGAUGUAUGAGCCUUUCGAUAGGGAAGUUCUGCGUCACCUACUCCCCAAACAACGUCAUCAUUAACUAAGGAAACGGACACAUUGGGGGUGUCUAAGGGGUAUCAUAUUCACCGCCGUAUCUUGACGGCUGAUUUCUCAAAGGCUUAAUAAAGAUAUUAAACUUUCGACGGGAAUCGACGACAGCUCUGUUUGGUAGAGCCAUGCGAGGACUAGCACAGACGAGUGUGCUGGUGGGAUACUUUACCUAUAAUUCUCUACAGACGAUAAGUAGGACAGUUCCUACCUCAACAUGUCUUUAUUUUACCCUGUAGUUGUCUCGCUGGACAUGUAGCCUUCAGAAAGUGUACCUUUAUUGGACGACCUGUAUUCUGGUCAGGAAUGGCUGACAAAACAAUCACAGACAAAUCGUUGACGUUACAUGAUACAAUUGAAAGCACAAAUACCAAUAGCAUUAAUAUUGAUUUUAUAUGAUCUAGUACCAGUAGGUUAUUUUCAUAAGUGACGUUUCAAGCAACAGUAGUUGAAUUUGUGUUAAUACCUGUAUUCCCCCGGCAAGAAGCCGUCGUGACAAUCGAUUGAAGGAUUCGUAGUUUCACCAAUGUGUUUCUGUACGACUGUUGGUCUCCGAUGGAGACAGACAUUCAACAACGACAGUCACUAAUGUUCUUUUUACAGAAAAGUUAACGAACGCUGCACUCCCAGCCGAAAAGUACCGGAGAAAGAAGAGACACCAGUUCAAGUGUGUCUUUCUGAGCAAUGGACCUUCUCACCGUCCUAUAGACCUUAUAAACAGGAGUAUCUGCUGUCAGAGCAGUAUCAACGUUAUUCCUGACAAAGCCUCGUGUGUACCUGUAUAUUGAACCAUGAAAUAGAGUUUAUUUGAUACUUGGCAGGAGAAGGCUGUUCAAAUAGUAUAUUACAGGUGAUGUAUAAUUGUUGCAUUGUUUUGUAUCAUUUGCGUUAAUGAUACAAUGGAUAGUUCUAUAUAACAAAAAUAGACAAUUUAAAUGUAGUGUAUGUAGUCGUACUUAACGGAUUCACUCACAUGGUACUUCUCGGUACUGGUAGUAGUACCUUACGAGCCUAUGCAUAAUGACCUCUGGGAAAGUGCUCUCCAUUGAGUACUCAUUAGGUUGUAGUACCGUUAGUUUCGAUGCAGAGUACACGUGACGUAUGUCCGUGAUCUAGUAUUUAAUAUCACAUAGCAAAUUUGGACUAGGAACAUUGAUUAAAAAUGUGAAAAUAAAAAGUAGGAAACAA